UGAAAGGUUUACAAAGAUUUCACUAAAUUGAUUUGAAAGAUGUUUAUAUACAUAAAAUGAUUGUAAUUUAUAUUUGAAAAGUUUGCAUACCUUGUGCAGACUUCUUCCAUGCAUUCAAAUCACACAGUAAUAUCAGUUAGCAACGGAAGCGCAGGAAGUAAAGGAAGAAGUCGUUUUGAGGGUUAUCUUUCUGACACUUUGACAGGAUUAAUUAAUAAAAAACUACACAAGGAACUUUUUUUAAGGAUAUUUUCCUACUUAGAUAUUGUUAGUCUUUGCAGAUGUGCCCAAGUUUCUAGGACAUGGAAUGUUUUAGCUUUGGAUGGGAGUAACUGGCAAAGUGUCAAUCUUUUUAGUUUUCAAAAGGAUGUCAAGACAUCAGUUAUACAGAGUCUCUCCAGAAGAUGUGGUGGUUUUUUAAAAUGCCUAAAUCUUGAAGGAUGUGAGGGAAUAGAAGAUGAUGCAUUAAGAACUUUUUCUAAUGAGUGUCGCAAUAUUGAAGAGUUGGUUCUUAAAGAUUGUCGGAAGAUAACAAACAAAACAUGUAUCUUUCUUAGUGAUUCUGCAAGCCGCUUAACAACACUCAGCAUUGAAUCAUGUGUAGAGAUUAGUGAUCGUGGAUUGUCACACAUUGGAAAAGGUUGCUCCAAGCUUCAGAACCUAAAUAUUUCUUGGUGUCAAAGUUUAACAUCAGCGUCUCUGUGUGAUAUUGCUAAUGGUUGUCCUUUACUAAAAAUGUUAAUAGCUCGUGGUUGUGUUAAGAUUUCUGAUGAAGGUAUUUUAGCUAUUGCACAAAAAUGUUCUGAUCUUAGGAAAUUGGUUGUUCAAGGAUGCAAUGCAAUAACAGACAAUUCCAUAAAAUUAAUUGCAGAGCAAUGCAAAGAUUUAGAUUUCCUAAGCAUAUCUGAUUGUGAUUUGCUGUCUGAUCAAUCACUUAGAUAUCUCGGCCUUGGGUGUCAUAAACUUAGAAUUUUAGAGGCAGCGCGGUGCUCUCUAUUUACAGACAAUGGUUUUUCUGCACUUGCUGUUGGUUGCCAUGAGUUACAAAGACUUGAUCUUGAUGAAUGUGUUUUGAUAAGUGACCACACCCUUCACUCAUUGUCAUUAAACUGUCCUCAUAUUGAAACAUUAACAUUAUCUUAUUGCGAACAAAUAACAGAUGAAGGAAUUCGUUAUAUUAGUGGUGGUCCAUGUGCUAUAGAACAUUUGAAAAUUAUUGAAUUAGAUAAUUGCCCAUUGAUUACAGAUGCAUCUUUGCAACAUUUGAUGAAUUGUCAAAUGCUGAAGAGAAUUGAGCUUUAUGACUGUAAUAACAUAACAAAAGCUGGGAUAAGAAUUUUAAAAAGUCGUUUGCCUAAUAUUCAUGUUCAAGCUUAUUUUGCUCCAAUAACGCCCCCUGUUACUACUGGAGAUAGACAACGGCGUAUUUGUAGAUGUUGUUCACUCUUUUGAAUUGUUAACUAUUGAAUCUAUUGUAUAUCGAUAAGUAUAAAUAUAUCUUAGAUUAUUGUAAAUAUUUAACAAUCUUACAAAAUUAUUUUUAUUCGAAUUGAUUUUUACUUUUGUUUAAUGGUAUAAAAGCGAGUAAAAAUAUUUUCUUCAUUUUUGCGAAUUUUGAUUUCUUUUGGUUUUGCUGAAGUUUUUUAAAAAUUCUUUAUUUAUAAGUUUUGUUUGUGUAUAAUUUGUAGUUGCAUUAGUUACUCAAUCCCAUUCUUCUAAGAAACUAGAAACUACUCUACUCCCCAUGCCGUUUGAUUAAGAUGGAAGUUUGUUAGUGGUUGUUUAUAAGUUAUAUCACGUUACGUUUAAAAAAUAAAAAGAAGUAGUAACGCCCAGGGUUUUAAAAGAUUAUAACGUUUUAUAAUCCAUAAAAAGUUUAUAAUCUGAGCAAGAUAGGUAUCUAUCUUGGUGGAUAAGAUAAGAGAUAAGAUAAGACCACUUCUAUUUAAAAGUUACAUUUUAGCAUGAUAUAAAUUAAAAGUUAUAUUUUUAGCGUGACAUAAUUAAUAAACAGCUCUUUGUCGAACACGUUUUUUAUUUUUUUAAAUGACAUGACGAGUAAAUGGGAUGGGAAACCAAUGAAACUAAAUCGAGUAACUGCAACAAAAAAGCUAUUUUUUACUAUAUUCUUUGUUCUAAAAGAUUGUAAACAAUGUAUUAACGAUUUAAAUGUGUACAUAUAUAUUUUUAAAAAAACAUAUUUUUUAAUUUUUA